CAAAAUAGCUGGCUGCGAGCGAUGUUGUUCCCUACUCACGAUGACGGCGCAAUGCAGCACAAACUGAAUCCGAGUACCUUCAACUGCGUUCAAUUUGAUGACGAGCUCAACCAUGAGCAGCUCAAAGCAGUUCAUACCGUUUUGAGGGAGAAGUAUGGUCGAUUGCCUUACUUGAUUUCGGGACCGCCAGGAACAGGGAAAACAAAGACGGUCGUCGAGAUUGCCCUGCAACUAAUUCAUGACCACAGUACCACUGCAGUCCUGCUUUGUGCACCUUCCGAUCCCGCGGCCGACACCAUAGUUCACCGGCUCAGCAAGCAUCUCACACCGAAUCAGCUCUUGAGAAUGAACUCGCCAGCACGCAGUUUCCCCGAAGUCCCGAGCUCCAUAAUGCCCUUCUGUCAUAUCGAGGAUAAGUUCUUCUCUUUGCCGCCCUUUCCAGAACUCAUGCGGAAGCGCAUCGUAGUCACCACAGUUCGUGAUACUGAAGUCUUACAUCAGGCACGACUUACCAAUCGGGACCUGUUCGCACUCGAGCGAGGCUUAUACACUGCUCUUCACCAAGAAGACAUGCCAUACGUGCCAUCUUUGCACUGGUCCGCGCUUCUUAUGGAUGAAGCCGCACAAGCUACGGAACCAGAAGCUCUAUUGCCGCUUCUUGCGGUCGCACCUCCCGAGAAUGCCUUACAGGAUCUCAAACCACCUCUUGUUGUGAUGGUAGGGGACCAAAAUCAGCUCGGACCACGAACAGCAUCGAAAAAGGCGGGUAUACAGAAGUCCCUUUUUGAACGUCUUCUUUCCCGCUCAAUUUAUUGCGAGCAUCCCUUGGCUCGUUCGAAGCAGAAAGGGGGGCAUGUUCCGCGCCUAACGAGAGAUAUGCUGCCGAUCACAAGACCGCCAUUCACAGACUUGAUCAGAAACUAUCGCUCUCAUCCCGCAAUUCUAGCGACACCAUCUUCGCUCUUUUACAACGACACUCUUGAGCCAUGCGCUAGCGGAGUCGAGUCGCUUCUGCCGUGGUACGGAUUCAAAGGUCGCCAGUUACCGGUCCUGUUCCGAGACAACCGAAGCGGUGAUGAGAUCGAGCAAGACGGAGGUGGCUGGUUCAACCUGGGCGAAGCGGACAUCGCACUCGCAAUUGCACAAUCAUUCUUACGACAGGAGCUGCUGCAGCCUGAGCAGAUUUGUAUCAUGAGCCCAUUCCGAGCUCAAGUCAAGGUGCUCCGAAGAAAGGCACGCGAGCAGUUGAAGCCGGGUAUCAAUAUCGGGCCCCUCGAGGCUUUCCAGGGAUUAGAGUCAAGGCUGGUGAUUUUAUGUACAACAAGAACAAGGGAUCGCUUCAUUGACCAAGACAUUGCUCGAGGCCUUGGCGUGAUACAUGAGCCGAGGAGAUUCAAUGUGGCAUUGACGCGCGCUAAGGAGGGUCUUGUUGUGAUUGGCAAUCCAGAUGUACUGGAUUUGGAUGAGAACUGGGCAUCCUUUCUGGCGUUUUGCAAACGCACUGGA